UCAUCUUCAUCAGUUCACUUGAAAAAUACCAAAUAAAAAUAAAAACAAAAGAAUUUAAUUCAGCUGACUUUUUCUAUUUAACACAACCAUUUUAAUAUUAUUCAUCAAUUCCAUGCAAUCAAUUGCAAAAGCAUAAAGUUUUAUUUUAACUUAUGGAAAGUUUAAAAAAUUAUAAAUCAUAAUUGAAUAAAUUCUUCAAUCAAAACAAAUUCAGCAUAAAUACAGUGGGUGCUAGCGAAAAUAAUAGAUGGAGAAUACAAAUGAAAAUGGGAAUGAGACUGGUCAGCCUCAGACGUCCACAGAUCGUAGUCAGUUGCUUGAUCCGGUGUUAACUUCCAGCGCGGACACCAACUUUAAGCCUCUGAAAACUGUACCGGCUUUUAGCAUUCAUCUGCUUAUUUCAACUGCGAUUUCUUUUACCGGAGUGCUGCUUGCGGCUGGCUCACCACCAGAAAAAAGAUGUCAGGCCUAUUUCACAAUGCUAUAUUUACGGGCCGUAUUCUGGGUUCUAACUUAUCUCUUCGACCACUUUGUCAAACACCAACAUGAGGAACUACGCUUGAAUGGCUAUCACGAUUUUCAUCGUACUACUGCUAUGCAUAAAGGAGUACCUCUACAUGUGGUUUCUCUUUGGAAUACAACUAUUCUAGCCGUGCAAGCACUAAUGCAACACUACUACGGUGAUCAUUUUGCUGAACAUUGUGCUGAAGGAUUCCUUUCGCCGAUUUCUUACAUAACCACAUUUAAUAUUCUAGAAACGAUGGUUCUUGGGUGCAUUAACGGAAGUUAUAUUGUUCGAGUAAGAAAAUUCAAUAAAAGUGGUCAUCCACCUGACGCACUUACCGGAACGAUCUGUACUGAAGGUUCUUUAGGUCUUCUUCAAUCGAGAAAUAAUGCAGCUGAGUUACUAGAAAAACAAGCCGAUCUUAUUAACUUCCUUAAGGAUCACAACUUAAAGCUCAAUCAGAAGCUUAUGCAAUUGAAUGCCCAAGUUCGAACUGUUCAUUUAAAUUAAACGAGUGGUAAAUGAUAAGACAAUAAAAUUAUUUGGUUGUUGAAUAACUAAUUGAUGGUCCUCCAUAACGUGAUUAUAACGUUAAACAAAUAUUCUAUUGGAUUUGUACUCGUAAAUAAUUACAUAAUACAUAUAAGUUUUACUUUACUUAUUUUA